AUGUGGAGUAAUGUGUCACUCAAAUAGCAACAUCAACAUACAGGUACCCUGUGUGUUUGACAAGAUGAUUUGCCUCAGGGGGCAGGAAUUUGACAUCAAUGGUUGAUUUGGGGAGGUGUGGGAGAAGCGGGAUAUGAUUGUGGUCUUAUGUCGCAACCAGGACAAAGAGGAUAAGUAAAAUAAGGUAGUGAUAUGGGAGGAGAAGGGAGGAAUUUCAACAACUUACUUCAAGAUCAUGGUGAAGCUAUAAGCCAUCAAGAGACAACAACAUUCUAGGAUUUGAACUUCAGAGUUUGUGCAUCAUUAAAAGCCACAGUAUUAACAUCCUAAAACAAAACUUGGGACACAACUGAGGGUAAGAAGUUGUUUAAGGGUGAAUUUUCCUUUCCAUUACUCAAGUUAUCCCAUGUUUCCUGAGGCUAGGGGUAUUCAAUCGCCUAGAAUGGCCUUAAUGUCCCACCGGGCUUAAGGUGGGGGCAUUUGACCACCAGUUUUGGCCCAGGCAUUGGGAAUUUAACCAAAUGAAAUUUCAAAAUGUCAAGUGCCCAGGGAGUUGCCCAGGGAGAAGGGGUGGAUGCUGAAGUUUUGAAUUGACUUUUGAACAAUUACACCUAUGACUUGAUACGUUUCAAGAAUGAGGAAUAUACAGCCAGUUUUGCCCAUGUUGGAAGUUGUUUUCAAAUGAGUUUAUUAAAUAUUUUCUGCAUACUGUGAAAGGAACGGGUUUUUUCCUUGGGGGAUUUUGUUUUGGGGGCAUUUUCACUUGUUACCUCCCAGAAUUCUUUGAGUCUACAGCCCCCUACAAGUCUGUUUAAAGUGAUAGUCAUCUGUUGCGUGCUAUGUGGGUUGUAGUGUUGUGUUCUUGAAAGAGAAACUUUCCUCUCACAGUGCCAGGAGUAUAAGUGUGGAUGAAUUUAAAUGUAAUUUUAUUGACUCAUAUCAUUAAGUACUCAUGCUUCAGGAUCAAAUCAAAAUAUGGAGUGUUGGCAGCUUCAAAGUUUGCUUUGAAUGCAGUUGCUCUUUUUUUCAUAUUGCCGCUAUACAGGGAGUCAUGUUUCCCCAGCGGGAAGGGGGGUGGGGAACUCCCAUAUGAAAAGGUCAGGAGGCUUGUCAACCAACCUGGGCAUGGCUCGAGCUUUAUUUGACCCCUAAAAGAUACCACUUAAAACAGAAUAAGCUCGAUUACCAGAUGCUGUUCAGGAAAGGAGCUAAAAGAUAUUUUGACAGCUAAAAAUAGCACUUGGUGUUUUGUCAUCAACAUCCCAAGUGAGACCAUAAUCUUUGAUUUAUACUGCGAAGUGAGAUGAUGAUCAUCCCCCAACCUUUUCAUUUUGUAGUCCCCCCUCCAGGCAUAUUUCUCCAUAUCAUUACUUCCCCUCCCUGAGACUUGUCUGAAAUCCAAACCACCAUUUCUGUUUUGAUUUUUUUUUCUUUCAGGACACUGUUGUGUGAUUUGAAAUCAACUGAAUGAAUUUAAUGUUCUGUCAGCAAUGGAGAUGACAUUAUGGCUCCUUUUGUUCAUUUCUCCUCUUCUGAGGCUUGCAUCCUGUGAACAUGUUAUUCAGACUUUUUAUGGCGAAAUAGGCCCUGGAAAUUUGACUUAUUUUACCCUAAAGAAAGAAGGAGAUGUGACAUUGAUUCUGGAGAGUACGGAAGGUGAUGCUGACAUUUAUAUAUCACAGGAUAGUCUCAAACCUGAUUUUGAUAACUAUGACCUGAAGUCGGACACUUGCGGCGAAGAUGUUGUUACUAUUCCAAGUUAUUACAAGAGACCAAUUGGAAUAUCAGUGUUUGGACACGUGUAUGCUCCCGUAACAAAGUACACAAUGAAAGUUUUGAUGGAUUAUUCUGGGGGAGAAGAAAGUGAAAGACAGUAUAGUGAAAGUGAAGAACAAGAGGAGUCAAUUCUUUGGACCUUAUUAGUCAACAUUUUGAAGAUUAUUUUAGAGAUUCUCCUGUAACCAGCACUGGUGCAAGUUUAUGUGUAAACUUUGAACCGCUUUCUUCAGAUGUGCUGCCAACAUCAAGUGAAUAAUAAACAUUGGCACAGUAAUUUCCUGAGUAUGUUCCACUAAAGGAGUUGAGCUCAGUUACAAAUAGAUUGAAAAAACGUUUUUUAUGAACAGAAAGAACCCGUAAUGUUAAUAUUAUCAGCUCAAGUUAAAGGGAGUCAAGGAGUCUAGUUUGACUGUAAUUGCAGCUAAAUUCAGUGUAAAGUAUAAAGGCAGUGCAAAUUGAUCUUGAUGAAGUGCCAUGCAAUCAUGUUAUGCAUCAAUUGAAAUCUUUUUCGCGAGACUAAACUGCAUACAGCAAAGACUUGGUGUAUCUCUUGGGGUCUCUUCAAGCGAUGACAAUUUUCGGCUCAUGGUUUGUGGUUAGAAUUUUUAACAGGACCAUGACGUGUCAUGACGGCGUGAUGCUCAGUUCAGUAAUGUACAAUGAUGUGAAUCAACAUGAUUGAUUUCAUGGUGCAAUUGUAUGAUGAAUUAAGCUGGAAAUACCCUUAAAUGACACUCCCCUGGUCCUUGUGAUUUUGUCGCGUUUUUUUGUGGCCCGUGCAAAUCAGUGGUGUCUGGUUUUUCCCAGCCUUGCGAGAUUCAGGUACAGUAGUGUUAGUGUUUGGUUAAGUUUUUUUAGUGCUACCUAAGGAUGUAGUUCUGGUUGGGGCAAGUGUUAACUAAAAUGUGACCGUUCAAGUAGCAUUGUUUAGUAGUUUUACAAUUUAAGCAGUUUAACUGCAACUGGCAUUUAUCUGGAAGUUGAAGUUGUUAGUGACUCUACUGAAUCUGAAAUCUACUGUAAGAGUACGACAGUUUUUGUUUUGGCUCAAAAGGCUUUCUUGAUGGGCUAUUUUUCUGAAGGGGUUGAGGGGGGUAUUCUUAGCAAGAAUGAUCAUAAUUGUAAGACUUGUUGGGAUUAUUUUGAAGGGAAUGUAAUAUCUGGAAAGUUAAUAUUUAGAAAAGAGCACUGCCAAUGUACUGACAAAUGAGGAUUGAAACUUUGAAAAACAUAAGCUACUUUGUAAUAGGAAUAAAUUUAUUGUUCUCUAUGAGCUAACUAACAAUAAUUUAUAGGAAACCUCUGGGUUUAUUAUGGACCUUUCCCGCAUCCCAACAAACAAUGAUGCCAAAUUAAGCAGAGGUCAGGGUGGACAAAAAUACAGCAAAUGUAUGAAAAUGUCCAUCCCAACCUCGCUCUGGUGCUAUUGUCCGUACGCACUGAAGUGGAAUGCAGGAAAAGUUUAUUAGGAAGCUGAUUUUUUUUGGUAUGUGUGUGUGGGGGUGGAUGGGGAGAAGGGGGGCUAACUAAUGGAGUCAACAACUAUCGGUAGCUUAACAAUAGAAUUAAUCAAUCUGUGACAACUUCACAUGAAAAACUGAUAGCUCAUUGAAAACUUAAGUUGCUGUUGUUGUAAAGCUAUAAGAUUAUCAUGUGAAUAGAUUUACUACCCGAAUUGAUUCUAACUCGCUACAAGUACCAUGAUGAUUCGAUUUAGUGCCUGAGGCACUUAUUUACUUUUGGUACCACAAGGGAGGGCGCUUAUUUGAGACAGGGCGCUUAUUUCUUUUUUGAGAAACAACCGAAUGUGACUGGAUCAAGGAGACUGGAAAAUGGACUUGUUGUCCCUGGAUUUGAAGGAAUUAUGCACUCACAUGGAAAUAAACAGUUGAGAAACUCAGACUAAGACCACUGUUUUGUAAUGCGGCAUUACAUAUGUGGGCAAUCAAGGAAUAAAAACCUUAGCUAAUCCAUACUCUGACAGCACUGUAAUGGCCGCUUAUUGGAAUGGGGGCGCUUAUUAAAAAAAGACAUUAAAAGAGGGGUGCUUAUUUGAAAAGGGGCACUUAUUGGAAGGAGGGUGCUAAGUCGAAUCAUUACGGUAGUGUCAUCAAACACUACUGGAAACUUCUUCAAUACAAGAAAUAAAAAGUAAUUAAAACAACAGACUAAUAAAUUGACAUGGAAAUGUUA